AUGGUAUCCAAAAUUGCUGAUUUUGGUCUAUCAAGGUGCCUUGAUAAAGAGCAAACCCGGGCUUCUACUGUGAACCUAUGUGUAUCGCUGGGAUAUUCUGCACCAGAAUCCUUCGCCGGGAAAUUCACAUUCGCGUCAGACAUCUACAGCCUUGGUGUUAUCAUCGUGGAGAUACUUACAGGACAGAAGGGGUAUCCAGAAGAGGAGGAUGUAGUUAAGACUUGGAUGAAUCGGUUGGAGGGAUCGGAUCAAUGGGAGACACAGUUGGAGCAAGUGAGAGUAUGCAUUAAGAUAGGGAUGGAGUGCAUUGACUCAAACCCAAAGAAGAGACCAGUUGCACACCAUAUAAAUAAUAGGUUUGAUAAUAUGACAAGUAUCGUCGAAACUGGCACCAGUAGUUCAUCAGUUGAACAACAUGUUGGUUUUCUAAAGGAACAGUACUGUCAAGAGAUAAUGGCAAAGCUUUCGACUGAAUACCUUGGAAAGGACAUCAAGGAACAUGCUGAAACAGAAGAACUUGCAGAAUAUGUUGGGACACCUAAAGAAGAUCGAUGGCAGCAAGGUCGAGAAGAAGUUCCAGGUGAUCAGUGGGUAGCGCAAGAUAAAAAGCAAAAUUUCAUCCCACCACAAGGUGCGAGCAUUUCUAGCUCUAGCUCUGGUUUGCUUUACAGGUUGAACAAUUUGGACAUCUUCAACACAAAAGCACGCAGGAACUACGUGCGGUACCGUGGGCCUACAUUGGAGAAUCUAAGAGUUAUUAAGAUUUUCAAAAAGGGAGAGCUCAAGCCAUUUUUAAAGGACAAGAAUUUGAUUGGAAAAGAUGGCUUUGGAGAAGUUUACAGGGGACUUGUUUUUGAUCUGCACGUCAUAGUAAGGAAGUUGACUAGUGGUCGUGUGCUAGCGACAGAUCAAUUUGUAAAUGAAGUCAUCAUCCAAAGUCAGGUCAUUCACAGAAACAUCGUUAGGUUUUUAGGUUGUUGCUUGGAAGUUGACACCCCGAUGCUAGUCUAUGAGUUUGUCUCCAAAGGUAGCCUCGAUAACAUUCUUCACAGCAACAAGGUGCCUCUCAGCUUAGAUUUGCGUUUACGUAUUGCGGAAGGAUCAUCAGAGGGUCUAGCUUAUAUUCAUAAAGCAUUUCCUAGGAAAAUCUUUCAUGGCAAUUUCAAACCAGCAAAAAUACUCUUGGAUGACAAUUUUAUGCCAAAGAUCUCAGACUUUGGCAUGACAAGGAUGUCCGGGACAGACCACGGACGAACCGGAAGAAUUGUUGCUGACAUGGCUUAUACGGAUCCGAUAUACCUACAAACAGGCCUACUUAGCGAAUACAGUGAUGUCUACAGUUUUGGAAUCAUUAUAUUGGAGCUUCUUACCAGGAAGAAGGCCACACACUCUGACAAUAAUAGUUUAGUAAGGAAUUUCCUUGAGAAUCACAAGCAGAGUAGGAAAUCAACUGAUCUAUUUGAUGAAGAAAUUGCAGUGAUGGAAGAUCUGGAGCAUCUAGACGAUCUGGCACAAAUUGCUGUGGAAUGUCUUGGCCAUGACUUGGAUCAAAGACCAAAAAUGACAGAUGUUGCAAAGCGGCUCCGCAUACUGAAUGAAUCCCGUGGCCUAUGGGAGCACAAGUCCAUGCAUUUACUAGUUUAG